GGACGAUCCGAAGAGAAACCUCAAUUGUCCACUUUUCUCUCUCUAAAACCCACCCAAAAAAAAAAAAAAAAAAAGCCACAGCUAAAACGGACGAUCCGAAGAGAAACCUCAAUUACCCAUUUUUCUCUCUCUAAAACCCUCUUCUGUCUGUGUCUAUAUACUUGCACUAUUCCUUCUCUCUCUGUACAUAUCUUCUCCUUGCAGACUCAGUAAAAUAUUCUUACAAAUACUAUAAAAUAAACCCAAAAAUUAAAAGGAAAAGGCGUGCUCUGUUUUUUGCCUCUCUUCUUUUUUAAUAAUUCUGGUCUUGAUAUCUUAGCUCACGAUCUCCCAGUUUAAUUGCUCAAAUGGAGACAAUUUAGAAGUACUCGACCCAUCAGACCCGUGUGGAAAAAUAAAAAGAGAAAAAAAAAAAACUGUCAAAUAAAGUGAAAAAAACGUGAUUCUCGCGAAGGCGUUUGAUCAUGGCCGUGGUGGAGAAUGCCGGUGCUAACGCGAUUACGUCAUCGAAUCGCGAUAACGACGCCGCGGAUCACCACCAGCAGUCGACGAACAAAACCGCGGCGGCGGCAGUGGCUAACGGCCAGUCAACAAAGCCCGCUGAUCAGAGUUUCCUUCUGGUGCCGCAGAAGAUACCUAACGGCCACCAUCAGCUGCCCGUCAACGGAAAUGGGGUCUCUUUGGAGAAGAAGUUGGAUGGGGAGAUAGAUGAUGGAGGGGAGGGGUUUAAGAAGGAGAUGAGGGAUUUGGAGGAAAUGCUGUCCAAGUUGAAUCCGAUGGCGAAGGAAUUCGUGCCGCCCUCCCUCUCAGCCUUCGGUGGUGGUGGCGGUCCGCACAAGUUGCUGGUACCCCCACAUGCUGCUGCGGUUGCGGCGGCUGCGGCGGGGCAUUUUGGGUUCAACGCUACUGGUUUUGUAAUGCAGCAGCAGGUUAACUCGGGAGUUCCCACUGCCAAUUCUUUUAGAAGGAAGAAAAAUGGCCUUGUUAAUGGAAAGCGGAGGAUGAAUAGCCGAACGAGCAUGGCUCAAAGAGAGGACGUGAUUAGGCGGACGGUGUAUGUCUCUGACAUUGAUCACCAGGUUACUGAAGAGCAACUUGCAGCGCUUUUCAUUAACUGUGGACAGGUUGUGGAUUGCCGUGUUUGUGGUGACCCCAAUUCUGUUCUUCGUUUUGCCUUCAUUGAAUUCACUGAUGAGGAAGGGGCAAGGAAUGCUCUGAGCUUGGCUGGAACUAUGCUUGGUUUUUAUCCUGUGAGAGUGCUACCCUCCAAAACUGCAAUUGCCCCUGUUAAUCCAACAUUUUUGCCAAGGUCUGAGGAUGAAAGGGAGAUGUGUGCAAGAACUAUCUACUGCACAAACAUUGAUAAAAAGGUCACUCAAGCAGAUGUCAAACUCUUCUUCGAGUCUAUUUGUGGAGAGGUUUAUCGUUUGAGGUUGCUCGGUGAUUAUCAUCAUUCAACUCGUAUAGCUUUUGUGGAGUUCGUGAUGGCCGAGAGUGCAAUAGCAGCUCUAAACUGCAGCGGAGCAGUCUUAGGAUCACUGCCUAUAAGAGUUAGCCCAUCAAAGACUCCUGUCCGACCCCGUGCCCCUCGCCAAUCCAUCCACUGAGAGCUGAUCGCUGAUGAGCACCUCGAUAAGUUAUAUAUACAUAGAAACUGAUACUUACAUGGUAUCUAUGUGUUUUUAGCUUUUACUUUUCACUAUGUCUGGUUCAGAUGUUAAGCUUGUAGAGUACGACCAUUUUCGAGGCUUAAUUAUGCUGCAGUGCUGCACAUUACGUUGCGUCGAGCUUAGUAGCCAGUAGUUCCCCACACUACUACUAUACUUUUCCCCAUGCUUCUCACUUGGAAGUUUUAACGAUUCUCGUUUCCCAAA